CUAUUACUCUGAUUCCACCAUCGUUUUCCAAUUUCCACGAUAACGGUCGGACACUCUCGAAAGACCAACUCAAUAACUCGUGCAAAUAUGAUUCAUUCUCUUUUUGUAAUUAAUCAUUCCGGUGAUGUUUUUAUGGAAAAACAUUGGCGAAGUAUUAUUCCGCGAACAGUUAUGGAUUACUUCUUUGAAGCUCAAAGACAAGUGGUCAAGGAUAACAAAGGUCAUGAAGAUGUACCAUGUGUAAUAGCAACACCACAUCAUUACCUCAUCAGCAUUUAUCACAAUAGUUUAUACUUUGUGGCUGUUUGCAUGUCUGAAGUCCCACCUCUUUUUGUAAUUGAAUUUCUACAUACUGUUGUUGACAUCCUGGAAAAGUAUUUUUCAGAAUGUAACGAGACAAACAUUAAGGAGCAUUAUGUAGUUGUGUAUGAGUUACUGGAUGAAGUUCUUGAUAAUGGAUAUCCAUUAGCAACUGAACCAAAUAUACUCCAGGAACUUAUUAAACCUCCAAAUAUAAUAGGAAAUUUGAUUAACACUGUUACUGGGAAAUCAAAUGUAAGUUCUGUGCUACCUUCUGGACAACUGUCAAACGUUCCGUGGAGAAGAGCGGAUGUGAAGUACACUAAUAAUGAAGCUUACUUUGAUAUUGUUGAAGAAGUUGAUGCCAUAAUUGAUAAAACAGGCUCAACUGUAUUUGCUGAGAUAGCAGGCAAGAUCGAGUGCUGCGUUCGUCUAAGUGGAACUCCAGAUUUAACUCUGAGUUUUAUUAACCCUCGUCUUAUGGAUGACGUAAGCCUCCACCCAUGCGUGCGUCUUAAAAGAUGGGAAAAUGAACGAAUUUUAUCCUUUGUUCCACCGGAUGGAAGUUUUUGUUUAAUGACCUACCAUGUUGGCUGUCAAAGUGCCGUUGCUAUUCCUAUUUACAUACGACACAAUUUUUUUUUGCCUAAGGAAAAUAGCCAGUCACAAACCGGAAAGAUCGAAAUCACUGUUGGGCCACGUCAAACUAUGGGACGAGUGGUAGAAAAUUUACAAUUGAGCAUUCCAAUGCCAAAAUUCGUACUCAACUGUACGGUUUCCGUCAAUCAAGGCCGUGCAACAUUUGAUCCCGUUACCAAAAUUUUAUUUUGGGAUGUAGGGAAAAUUGACCCUACUAAGCUACCUAAUAUGAGAGGACAAAUUCAUAUUCAGAGUGGUGCAGUCGUAUUGCAAUCAACACCAUCGGUUAAUUUGGCGGGAUUAUGCUUCCUUCAUGUAAACAGUUACUGGCUAAAGAAAAUAAGAUUUACACAAAACCACUUAAGUUGACUUAAUGUUAAAGCUGUGCCAAGUUUAAUUAUUUACUAUAGAAGUGGAUGUCGAAGUAAGGUUUUUAAACUAUAUUCAGAUAUAUUUUGUUUUUAAAGAGCUCAAGUACUCUAAUAAAAAAUUAAUUUUUAAUUUGUGACAUCUUUCGUUUUUCGACAGGUACAAUUUACUUUAAGCCAAACGGCCAUUUCGGGCCUUAAAGUCCAUCGCUUGGACAUGUUUGGAGAAAACUACAAGCCAUUUAAGGGAG